AUGCAAGCCAACUUUGGCCGGAGCCACCGCCACAUGGGCAACCACCUCCACCAGCGCUCCUUGCCGAAGAUGCGCAGCGUGCUCAUCUUGCUGCUCCCGCUCGCGUGCCUCUGCGUCGUCUUCUACGAGGUCGGCUACCUGCAGAGCUACGUGGCGACGCCAUCGUCGCGCCACGAUAUGCCGAUCUACGACGAGCACUUUCCGCUGAGCAAGCCCGUGCCUGCGGCAGCCGACCGACGAAGCGACAACGGCUGCGCCCACGACGGCUGCGCCCACCACGGCCGCGCCCACCACGACGCCGCCGCCGGUAGUGUCGCCGGCACUCGUGGCCAAGACGCCCAAGCCGGUCCACGCUGCCACGCUACCGCGGACGCAGUCAACGGCCGGACGACCAUGGUGUUGAUUGCCAACUACCGGGACACGCGCCGUUGCGCCGAGACCCUCGACUCGCUCUUCACGAACGCCGUGCACCCCGAGCUCGUCCACGUGAGCAUCUUCGACCAGAUCUACCUCAAGGACGGCGAGAUCCGGUGCAUUGACGCGUACUGCAGCAAGGUCGGCGAGGCGGCUUGCCGCCGAUCGCAGAUGGUCAACAGCACGAUCGACGCCGACGACGCGACGGGCCCGACGCGCGCGCGCUACGAGACCGAGAAGGGCAUCACGGACGAAGAUUUCUGCCUCGCGAUCGACUCGCACCUCGUAUUUGUCAAGGACUGGGACGCCGAGCUCCUCUCGCAGUGGGACUCGCUCGAGAACGACCAUGCGAUCAUUACGGUCUACCCCAAGUCGACCGAGCUCCUCAACAACACCGAGUAUGCCAACCAGCUCCAGCUCAUGUGCCACGCGCGCAUCGAGUCGUCCGACGCCGACACGAUGAUCCAGUAUGGCGCGCCGAUUUGGAUCCCGCAACCGCCCAAGCCGCGCCUCAUGUCGCAACUCGCCGGCGGCUUCAACUUUGGCAACUGCGUCCAGGCCAAGACCGUCCGCAACGACCCGUACACGCCCUUUCUCUUCCACGGCGAAGAGUACUCACGCGCGGCGCGGCUCUGGACGAGCGGCUACGACUUUUACGUGCCGAAGAAGGACGUCGUGUACCAUUGGUACGAGGAGCGCAAGGUCAUUUGGGAGAAAGACUGGGACAAGCGGUACUUUGUGCAGCAAAAGGCCAAGCGCCGCAUCCGCCACGCGCUCGGGCUCUCGUUUACCGAGGACGACUUUGACCACACGGAGAUUGACGCGUUUAAACUCGGGUCGAAGCGGACGUUUGCGCAGUGGAUAGAGUUUUCGGGCAUCGACCCGAACGCGGCGUACGUCGGGAAGGAAGACAACCAGUUUGACAACUGCAAGGAGCUCACGUACGUAUCGUACUAA